AUGUCGACUAUAACUGUGCCUCAUCCCCCACCGUCUGCAACCGAUGACUCCGAGAAACUUAGGGAGGCUUUUGAAGGAUGGGGCAGUGACAAAAAGACGAUAAUUUCGAUCUUGGGGCAUCGGAAUGCAUCCCAACGAAAGCUAAUUCGGGAAGCAUAUGCAGAGAUUUACAAGGAGGACCUUUGCAAACGACUCGAAUACGAGCUCAUCAGACACUUCGAGAGAGCUAUGCUGCUAUGGGCAUUAGAUCCAGCGGAGCGGGACGCAGUGUUGGCGAAUGGGGCGCUGCGCAAAGGGGAAACAUGCGACCGAGUGGUGUUGGAGAUUGCGUGCGCGCGGUCAGCCGAGGAGUUGUUGAUGGUGAGACGGGCAUACCAUGAGCGCUUUAAGAGAUCCCUUGAAGAGGACAUCGCCUCACACACCACUGGAGAUAUUCGCAAACUAUUGGUGGCGAUGGUGAGUUCCUAUAGGUACGAGGGCCCGGAGGUGAAUGCGAGCCUCGCGUCAAAGGAGGCGCAGGCACUCAACGAUGCCAUCCAAUCCAAUUGCUUCAACGACGAAGAAGUAAUCAGGAUACUAAGCAGCAGGAGCAAGCACCAACUCAAUGCCACUCUAAACAAAUACAAGGACUAUUUUGGAACCCACAUCAUCAAGAACUUGAAAAGCAGCCCUGAGGACAAAUUCAUACCAGCAAUCCGAAUUAUGAUUCGCUGCAUCUAUUCCCCCCAGAAAUACUUUGAAAAGGUCAUAAGGCAUGCAAUCGUUGGGCUUGGAACAGACGAAGAAAUGCUCACACGAGCGAUCAUCACACGUGCUGAAGUGGACCUUCGUGAGAUAAAAGAGGCAUACCAAAAGAGGAACUCAAAGUCCCUAGAAAAAGCAGUAGCAGAUGACACUUCAGGCGAUUACAAGGACUUCCUCCUCACCCUCUUGGGUGCAGAGAACCUCUAGAUCUCUCACAAAGACCAUGGAUACAUAUGCAUACAUACAUAUACAAAUGCAUGUGUGGCCCUUACCAUUACAAAGGCUAUAGAGAUGUAGGGGUAGUGAGAAUGUUUGAAGGUAUGGGUGGAUGUGUGUGGUUAGGAUGAUGGGUUAUGCAAUUUUGUCUUAGUGUGGUUUUUGGUUGCUUUGUGAUUUUCAUUUCUGUGGAUUGGCUUGUGUGCCUAUGAAGCUUUUACCUUGG